AUGAGAUUCUUCAUUUUAACUGCCAUCAUUCAUUAUGCUAUAUCUGCGGAUGUUAAAAUAAACACCAAAUAUGGUUCUGUUAUUGGUUUUCAAAAAACAUAUGAUGAUGAGUUCACUAUGAACCUUUACUUGGGAGUGCCGUUCGCUGCUCCGCUGAGUAGACAAGACCGUGGCAAACAAUCAGUUGCUCCGGAGAAAUGGCAAGGAGAUUGGGUAGCUCAACAGUAUAAACCAGCUUGUCUGCAGAACGUUAAAGAACAAAACACUCUGAGUGUUAGUGAAGAUUGUCUGUAUUUAAAUAUAUUCACACCGUCGGAGUGUAAAUCAAAAUACCCAAUUGUUGUGUUCAUCCAUGGAGGAGGCUUUGUUGAAGGUUCAGCUAUUGAGCCAGACUAUUAUCCUCUAGCUAGAAACUUCGUACCCAAAGACAUCAUCGUGGUUACCAUUCAGUAUCGCCUAGGAGUACUCGGCUUCCCCGCUAUCAACGGUUCGACGAACCUCGGCCUGUGGGAUCAAAUACUGGCACUUAAAUUUGUGAAAGAGAAUGCUGCUAAUAUGUGCGGUGAUGACUCAAAUAUAACCUUAUUAGGGCAUAGCGCUGGUUCCAUAUCAGUCAGUUUAUUAACAACUUCGCCUUUUGCGGCAGGGCUUUUUCAGAGAAGUAUCCAGUUGAGUGGUUCUGGCUGGUCAAUGAGUUCUUAUAAGAACUUAGCCAUCAGCUCCACAGCGAAUUUUUUUAAACAGUUAAACUGUACCAAAAGUAGUUUAGACUGCCUUAGAGCAGCUACUUCAGAGCAGAUUCUAACUUAUCAAGUGACUGGUACCUUCUUCCCCUAUAUGGGAGACACUAUCAUACCGAUAGCUCCACAGCAUCUGUUUCCUCAAGAAACACCAACAAUGCCGGCAAUGAUAUCUAUCAUGUCUACGGAAUACUUAUACUUCACUUAUCUCAAAGCCAAUCCUGUAACAUUCCCCAGUGUGGAUAGAUACGUGGUCGAAGGGCAGGUGAACACUUCUAUACUGCCUCGGUUCCCAGUGAAUCGAUGGUCUGAGGUUUAUAAAGAUUCGAUCAACUUUUUUUUGUCUGAGAAUCGCACGGAUUAUACUUAUUUCAUGGAACAAAACACCUAUAUUCUGUCAUCUCUGUUCAUGAACACAGCGAUAGUCCGAGAAGCUAACGAGAGAAGUGCGAAGUCGAACAUUUAUGUUUAUCACUUUGACUAUUACAAUCCUGAUGAGUUCCCUAGCGAGUUUCCUAUGAAAUCUACAUAUCACUGCCAUGAGUUCCCCUACAUAUUCGGUCAAUAUUUGGAUAGAACAUAUACGUUUGAUGACACAGAUGAAGAUAUUCAAAAAAUGCUUCUGGACAGUUUAACGAGCUUUGUCAAAACUGGAACUCCCACUUCGGAAAGUAUUGAGUGGACAACGUUCGAUUCGAACUUCACUCACAUAAAGAUAUCGCCGGAGCCUACAGUGGAGAGAGAUCUGUUCCGUUCGGACUUCAACUUUUGGGAGAAGAUGAAGAAGUACGGAGUAGAUGCCAUAACCCUGGAUAAAACAGAUAAGAGCUCAGCAAAAUCAACAAUCAUCUUCACAAUCCUUUCAUCAAUCUAUUUAUUAGCAUUUUAA